AUUACCCCGUAACAGCACCGCCAUUUUUGGGCUUCGUGAUAUGUAUAAGCUCUCUAUACUGUGUUCCUUCCAUCUCCCUUGUGUUUUCUCUCGAUCACACCAUGAAAACCACUCACACAAUCCUACUCGCCAUCUUCUCCUUCCUUCUUCUGCACACUGUCACAUCUUCUUCCCCGCUGCAAACCCACCAGGAGCGGCUGCAGCUGCAAGUUCAUCCCAGACACAGAAACCAACCCAGAAGGUUACUGCUUGCUUCUGCAGUUGCUUCCUUCUCUGCAAAUCCAAAGAAUCCCAGCAGCAGCAAAGCAAUGGAAGAUCCCAAGAAAUCUGUGGAGGCUAGCUUAAGGAAGUCUCCACCCAGCAAAUCGAAUCCGACCCAGAAUCGAUAAACUGGUCGAUAUUCGUGCAGGGAUCCCAAAAUAGAAAGAGAAUGAAAUUCCACAAUUUUUGCAGAUUUUUCUAAUUUUUUAACUGUUAAAUAGGUAGAAAGUGUAUUGUUGUUUCUACAAUGCUUUUGUAUGUUCUUUCCUAUUCGUUUAUUGUUGUUAUUUUGUAGUAAUUUUUUGGGUUUUUAGAGUUAGAUUUAGGAGGAGAUGGGAAGAAACUGUAUAUACAGAAGAAUCCUGUAAGGAGUUGUUAGAAAGAUUAUUGAUUUGUUCGAAUUUUUGCAAUUGGCAAAAUGGAAGUUUUCGCAUUUCAAUCCUUUUGCUACUGUUUUAUAUAACCCAUGUAUGCAAUUGAUCUAACUUUAUAUUCACUUCUUGCUGUUGCGAGUUCUCAAAAUGUAUCUAUUUGCCAUUUUCUGUGUCUGAGGGCAAAUAUGAGUUCUUUGUGUCUUUAGAGACGCAUAGUGCAGUGAGUUUGUUAUUAUCUUCCUUGAAAUCAUGGUUAUCUCCAAGAAAAGAAAUUCUGUAUGUUCACGUUUAUUGAUUGGAUCGGUUACUAGCACAAGUGCCUCCUGCUGAAUUUCUGUUUUGGAGCUUUAGAGUAAAGGUUCAGAUAUAGGACUUGCAUUUUGUGAAAUGAUAAGGUACAUGGAAAACUGCUACACAAUGGUUGCCAUUGCUGUCUUAUUUUUGUUGCAUUCGUCGAUGUUUUACAAAAUUCAUACUGGUAUGGUAAUGGAUCCUUUAAACCACUGGUAGAGUCAGAUUGAAUGAACAACAGUGGUUAGCAUUUGUAACUCAAUGAUUGUCCCGUUGCUUUCCUUAUAUUUUAUGCAGAGUUGAAGGUCGAAUUUGGAGUUUCGAGUUAUUGUGCAACUGACUUACAAACAUGGUAAGUAUUUUAACUAGUUUUUUAACCUAGGAAAUCUUUAAUGUUCUGCAAGUUCUGUCCUUGAGCACCCGUGUUUCAUUUGGUCUGGAAAUGUCUCGAUAGGCCAUUAGCUCUAUGAAUUCACAUGGUAUUUCUUUUAGCAGCCUGCUAUUGUAGUUCAACUAUUCAGGUACUGUUGCUGGUAAGUCCAAGACAUGUUCUUUUCAAAAGCAUUGUAGAAUUUUCAGAAUUAAAUCUCUUUCUUUAAUUAAUUAUUAACUCAGUUUUUCAAAGAAAUAAAUUAUUGUAUGGUUACAGAUUUAGUGAAUACAUUUGUCACAGAUUACAUAAUUUUAAGCACAUAUUAUUGGUUGUAUCUCAAAAUUUUGAUGUCAAACAAAAAUCUUCCUUUCUAAUAUGAGGCAGGGAAGUGUGGUUUUAAUUUAGUUUUAACAAAUAAUGAUAUUUUUCAUGUUCUUACCUUUUCCGUUAAUCCGCUUGUUCAUUUGUAGUAUACUUUGUUUAUUGCUGAGUUAUCGCUGUCACCAAUUUUAAGAUUAAUGCUGUACUUGUUAGUGUGUUAAUUAUUUACGAAAUUUGAAAAUGUUACACCAGGUCCCAAACUCUUUAACAAUGAAAGGGGUUCUCUGUGUAAUACAAUGAUAAUAUGAGAAACACCGUCUAAUCUGGUCACCUCAUGUACACGGCGUCUAUAUGAAGCAUUCAACAAGCUGGAAAUAAAGAUAGUUCUACACGUGUAGUAAAUGCGUUUGAGUGAUGUACACGUAGUGAAUGAACAAGAAAAUCCGCCAGUUACAUUGAUUUUCACCAACUCUUCCUGAGGAUUAUAUACCCUUAAGAAACAAAUUUCCUUGUAGUAUUCGCCCUGUAGGAUUCCUCUGCAAACUUCAGUCUUAGCUCCUUUUCCUUCUCCUUAGAAAUUUCCUACAUAAAGAUGAGAAUUCGAAAUAGCCGGUCAAAUUUUUCUCAGAUGACUCCACCUGAGACCACACCCAGGGCUGCUCAUCUUCGUUCACCAGAAGGUUCAGAUGAUCGCUUUUUAGUUGAAGAAGAGAAUCGGCGCAUUGGAUGGUCCUGCCAUACAAAAAAACAAUUUCCUGCUCAAGUUUCAAGUGAAGAUCAAUUGCAUGAUGAAUUGGAAGCAGCAAGCAGUACAGAAAUUAGGCCUUUGAACCUGUGUUGAUAUGGGGAAAGAUGCGAAACAUUGCAUGCAAAUGGAUACAAAUCCGGCCUCAGAGGGGCAGAGCGAAGGAGAAGCAGAUAAAGGGAAACAAUUUACUGCAUGUGCUGGUUCUCAGGGGGGUGGAGAAAACGUAACUUCUCCAGUUACAGUUGGGAUCGCUCGUCCUUGUUCUUUUUCUCAUCUAGGUCAGAAACUUCCGUUUAAGAAAAGAAGACCUUAUAGUCACACAGAGACUGAAGUAGAGAUGGAAAGAGAGAAAGUAGAAGAUGUCUAUCUAGAAGUAAAAGUGGAAGAUGCGGUAAUGGAAGCAAAAGAAAAAUGCAUGCCAGUAGAAAUUGAAAAAGAAAAUCAUUUUGCAGAAGUUAAAGAAGAUAAGCCAGUUAAAGCGGAAGCUGAAGAUGCAGUAGCUGAUAAGAAAGAGGAAUCACUGGAGGAAGGCGAGAUACGAGAAGAAAAUGCGGAGACAGAAAAAACAAGUGAGCUUGAACAGGUCAAUGAAGGGUUGUAUGUACCUCUUCUGACCAUUGAUGAGAACCAGCAGGACAGCAAAAACGAAGAACUUAAUCUAGAAGAGACAGCAAGUGAACCAAAUGAGAAGCCAAGAAGGGGAAGGAAAACGCCCAGAUCUAGUGCUAGCACUAGCAGCGAUGAGCCUCAUCAGGGAAGGCAGAAGCUAAAGAGAGGAAGUCCAAAGAGGAUGCAAGAUCCAGCUGAGACAAAUCAAGGGUGUGUAGAGAAGCGGAAGCCAUUAAGAGGUCGCCCCAACAGGGGUAAAGAGGAGUCUUCUCUUUCAAACAAUAGGUACCCAAGAAGAGGUCGCUCCCAGAGGGACACAGAGGAGUCCUUUCCUUCAAACAAUAGGAAGCCAAGAAGGGGUCGCCCCAAGAGGAGCACGGAGGAAUCACCUCAUUCAAACAAUAGGUAUCCAAGAAGAGGUCGCUCCAAGAGGGACACAGAGGAGUCCUUUCCUUCAAACAGUAGGAAGCCAAGAAGGGGUCGCCCCAAGAGGAGUGCAGAGGAAUCACCUCAUUCAAACAGCGGGUACUCUCUGGAUACAGAGGAGUCAUCUCCUUCAAACAAUAGGAAGCCAAGAAGGGGUCGCUCCAAGAGGAGCACAGGGAAAUCACCUCAUUCAAACAAUAGGAGUGCUGAAAUGCCAAAGCCUAAGAGGGGAAGGCCAAAGAGGGUGAAGGACUAACCAGCCAGCCAGUUAAUGUAAAAACGUAGUGACUCCUUUGAAAUGUCUUAUAUCAUUGUAAGACUUUGGUAGAGUAAUGUGUAAUAAAUAAGUCCGUAGUUUGCAAGUACAUUUAUUUGCCUUGGUCUUUUAGGAUUUAUGUUUGAUGAUCUAUAACAGAAAAGACCCAAGUGAAAGCUGAAAACUUUGUGUGGUGCCUAUUACCAAUGUGUCAAUGCAAUAUGCUAUUAUUAUUUA